UUUGGACGGCGAGUCACGCCCGGCCGCUGUCACGUGGGCCGCGACGGUGGCGUACGUCUGCUAGCUCGGCGAAAAGCUGAACACACGUGCACGCGCGCGACCGUCUGCGACGCGGACGGAAGGACCGCUUCCGAGCCGGGAGCACGCCGAACUGCGCACUUUUGCGAUCGUCGAGCGAGAGCAACGGAGCAGCAUCGAAAAGAGCAGCCAAGUCUACGGAGAAAGAGAGAGAGAGAAACAAAGGCGACCUGGCCGAGAAGCACUUCUACCGGACGCGGGUCAGCAUGUCCGUCUCUUGGCUGCCAGCCAAGACAAACGGAGCGCAAUAGGCUGAUGCACCGACCCACCAAGUAGUCAUCGUGCAGACCCGUCUUUUGCCAGUAAGAAGGCAAACAAUACGGCGACCUGGAGGUAGCUCGUACUUGUGUCUCAGCCUUGCAAGGACCGAUUGCUAGUUUCGAGUGGCGAGCAUGCUGUGGAAACUGAACUGAUUGAACUGUGUCGUGUCCGAGCGUCCCCUUCCCAUUGGGACGUGUUGCGAAACAGGAUCACUUCUCAUUGUGCCGGAUAGUGUAUACCACGGAUGUUGAGAAAACGACGAGCAAUCGAGGGAUUGCUUCGUUCCAAGGGCGCGCGCUUGAUCGAGGCAUUCUGUCUGAUGCGACGUCGUACAAUCCUCCAGUGAGGGUCACUUCAAGUGCAACACUUCGAUUUCCCUUCUGUUCAUUCCAAAAAGACUCCAGCACUGCCAUCCGCGGAACAAUCGUCGCCGUUGCUGCUGACCGUCAAGGAAUCGGAAGUUCAUCGUGUCGAAAUUCUUGUGUUCGUGAGAACUACACUUUCAGACGACCUCACUUGCCAACAAAGCCAGCACCGCAGGAUCUGCCGCAUGUCGAGUAUAUUGAUUCGACUGUGCCGAAGCUGCCCUUGUGUUUGUUGCCACAUUGCAUUCCAGAGUGAGAUUCGUUUUCUGCCGCCUACGCCAGUGUCCGCUUCAAUAUUCCCUUCAUCGUUACGUACUCUGUGAACACCGCACUUCAUACCACGCAGCCAUGUUGCCGUUCGCGAUCGAAAUCCUCCUGUGUGUCGUCAAGGUCCUGGGCACCAUCUACGACGUCGUCACACUCCCGCUGUACACCGUCCUUCAGCAGCCCUGGGUGUACUGGAAGCGGAAGCGGAUGUGCUUCGCCAAGCCCAUAAUCGAAGGAGACCCGUCGUCCCCCUACCGCCUUCUGGACAACUCCGAGCUAGAGAACCUCAAGGGCGUCCAGACUCUGGACGAAGUCGCGCGCAGGGCCAUCCGGUCUUACGCCAAGCGGCCAGCGCUGGGCACGAGACGCGUGCUGGGUCGAAGCGACGAGAUUCAGCCCAACGGCAAGGUGUUCAAGAAGCUCGUGCUGGGAGAGUACGAGUGGCUGACGUACGAGGAGGUGGACCGCAAGGUCGACCUGACCGCUCGCGGUCUUCUGUCCAUCGGCGCGCGGUCGCGACAGUUCGUGGCCAUCCUGGCGGAGACGCGGGCGGAGUGGAUGCUGACGGCGCAGGCGUGCUUUCGCACCAACAUCCCGCUGGUGACACUGUACGCGACGCUGAGCAACGACGACAUCGUGAGCGCCGUCAACGUGACCGAGGUGACGCACCUGGUCACCUCCUCGGACCUCAUCUCGCGGGUGAUCAGCGUCGUGGGCAAGAUGCCGUCGCUGACACACAUCGUGUACAUGGAGGGCCCCAAUGCCAAGCCGCCAGCUCCGUUGGCUAAGGGACCACAGGUCAUCCCAUUCUCAAGCCUGGAAGAGAGGGGUGCCGACCGCGAACUCGAGGAGUGCUCGCCUUCGCCGGACGAUGUCGCGAUCGUCAUGUUCACCAGCGGCUCGUCGGGGAUGCCAAAGGGUGUUAUGGCGUCGCACAGGAACCUCAUCUCGGCCAUGACCGGCUUCGGCGUCGUGUGUGACCACUUUGGGGCGUACACUAGCGACGACGUCUACCUCGCCUACCUGCCCUUGGCUCACAUGCUCGAGCUGGCGGCCGAGACCCUUCUCUUCGGCGCCGGUGCGCGUAUCGGCUACUCGUCCCCGCUGACCAUCACCGACAAUUCCACAGCCGUGGCCAAGGGCUGCCGAGGGGACGUGACCCUUCUGCAGCCUACUAUCUUUGUCUGCGUGCCUCUCAUAGUAGACCGUCUACGCAAGGGUGUCAACGAGGUCGCCGCGUCGAAGGGACCCGUCUUCAAGGCCCUGUUCGACUAUGCCGUCCAGUAUAAGAACUUCUGGCUCGACCUCGGCUUCGACACGCCGUUCCUGAACCAGCUAGUCUUCAAACACGUGCGCCUCUUGAUGGGUCCCAACUUGAAGGUCCUCGCCUGCGGCUCGGCGCCCCUGUCAAGCUAUACACGCCGGUUCGUGAGGGCCUGUAUGGGCUGUCGCGUCAUCGAGGGCUACGGCAUGACCGAAACCAGCGGCGCGGCAACCAUCAUGAACGCCGACGACGCUAGCGCGGACCGCGUGGGGGCGCCACUUCCCGGCUGCUACAUCAAGCUGGUCGACUGGGACGAAGGCAACUACCGGACGACGGACAAGCCCAACCCUCGCGGCGAGGUCGUCGUCGGUGGCCCCUGCGUCGCCAAGGGCUACUUCAAGAACGAUGAGCUCACGAAGGAGUCAUUCAAGGAGGAAGGAGGCAUCCGCUGGUUCUACUCGGGCGACAUCGGCGAGAUCUUUCCCGACGGCACGCUCAAGAUCGUGGAUCGCAAGAAGGACCUGGUCAAGCUGCAGUUCGGCGAGUACAUCUCGCUGGGCCGCGUCGAGUCGGUGCUCAAAACGUGCCCGCUCGUCGACAACCUGUUCGUGUACGGCAACUCACUGCACACUUACCUCGUGGCGCUCGUGGCUCCCAACCACAAGCAUCUCCAACGCAUCGCACGAGACCUGGGCAGGGGCGACAACGUGUCCGAUGCCUCACUCAGGGAACUCUGUCAGGAUACCGAGGUAGUCAAGGCCGCCGAGGAGGAGAUUCUUGCGUACGCUCGCUCCAGUGACCUCUUGAAGACAGAGGUGCCGGGAAGGGUGAAACUGUGCGCCGAAGAAUGGAAGCCGGACUCGGGGCUUGUGACGGCCACGUAUAAGAUUCGCAGGAAGCCCCUGCAAACGUUCUACCAGCGAGACAUCGACGCGAUGUACGGGUCAUCGGAGGCGAGCAGACUGCGUCGUGCGUGAGAUUGUGCGCGUGUGUACAUCCGGUUCGGAGGACCAUGUGGUGCGCCUGUGUGAUGUUGAAAAGCUGAAAACGGACAGAAAACAGCGGAUACCAGGCUCUUUCUCAUCUUUAUGUAAACACUGGUAGAAGGGCUAACACGUCCUUUCUAGACGUGUAACUGUACCCUGUUUCUUUAGAAAAGCAUAAAGGUGGACUGAAUAAACCGUCCCAGCCACUAAAA